AUGGCAUCCACCGAACCUGGCCGCACCCCACCGCUCGCAAGACGGAGCACCUUCCAGCGGAUGCUCGAUCUGGAGAGGCGGAACAAGGUGAAUCUCAUGAAAGGCUCGCCGAACCCCGAUACCAUUUCACACACCCGCCGCACAAGCAUAACGCAGCACAGAGCUGCGAACCCCCAGCCAGACCGCCGCCCUGCGUUAUCACAACCAAAUGACCCCCGGGCGAAGGUCCAUACCCCGAAGCUCUCCGUCUCGAUUCCACAACCGGAUAGUCCCAAAGCCGUACCCACCAAGAAAUAUGUUAUCAGGAGCGGCACUGUGGUUUCUCAAGAGAAGGCGGACGGUGGCUCUGAAUCGGACCGGUCGUCAAUUUGUCGCUCCCCGGGCUGGGAUGAUAUCACCGGAAACAAGAGGAAGAAGGAGAAGCAAGCCGCAAAGGAGAAGCGGAAGGCGGAGAAGGGGAAGCUGGAGACCAAAACUGACACCAAGCACGCCCAGAGGAUGAAGAAUCGCUUGAGCAAACCUCCGCCAACCAAUAAUCGACUCACCAAGCUGGCAAUAGCCAUGGAUCGAUCCUCAUCUUCCCCUGCACUGCAGAUGGUAUCGGGUCCGUUGGAAUCAAAGCAGGAUAACAAGGCGCCGGGCGGCAAUCGUUCAAGACGGGGAAGUAUUGAUGUUGCUUUGAAGAGUCUGAUCAAUGCCACACAAGGUAUUCCCAGUCUCUGGAAAAAUUCUCCCCCUACCACGACACAUGUGACGCCAACGCAAGAAAGCCCGUCCUCUGGCAAUGGCAACGGAUUUAUAGGUGGCCUAAAGCUCAGACUCUCGGAACAAGCCGCUGCCCAAGAUAAGGCCAAGGAACCCUUUACGAUGAGAAAUGGUGAGCCGCGGAGCUUUCUAGAUGGCGAGAGGGACAGCGCCUCGGGUGCGUCGAGGGAACCGAGUAUGGGAAGCAGCUCCAGGGCCCCAUCGUUGAGGCACAAAGCACCUCUUACAUCUAUAUAUCAUGAAUCGGCACGAACCGCGCAAGAUCCGAUUGGCUUGUAUGACCAAGCAGGAAGGCUGGCCCAAGUGACUGGAGGCUCAAACCAGGCAUCAGACAGUUCUCCAGUUGUGGACCGGAAUGUCAAUCUGGAUCAAAAUCCACGUGGUUGUAUUUCCGGACAAGCCCCUGUCCAAGCACAACCCAAUCAAGCCCCGCGGUCUUAUAAUCGAGACUCAUCCAAGGCAGGGAAGUUCAUUAGCCCAUGGACCCCGCAUCCGAAUACAAUUGAUCUUAUAAACACCGAUGGAAGAAGGUCGCCAUCUCGAAAUUCCUUUGGCGAAAGCUCUCAUAGAAAUAGGGAGCCGUCCCAGGCACCGACGAACAAUGGUGAUGUUGAUAACCACGCACAAAAACAACACCGGCAGAGUCCGGAUUUGGUGGACGACGAUCCAGCUGCUGAAGCGCUUGACUCUACCAUGAGGAGAUCGCCCUCAUUUCAUUCGGUUAAAAGCCGCGUGAGUGCUGAAGCACCUGCUAUCGUCUCGGAAGCACCAGCGGUCGAUUUCAAUAUCAGUACGGAUCGACCUUUUGAGACCCAGAGGCCUUUCUCUUUCUUCAGUGAGUAUACGCCCCCACGGCUGGACCUCAACAGCGAUUCUUCGACAGCAGCCCAGGGGACUAGCUCCUCACAACAAAUUGGUCGUCGGGGCUUCAAAGGUCUCAAUGCUAGAGCUAAAUCUCCAUUCCGAAGGCAAUCUACAGCUAUCCAGCUUCCUGAAAAGAAUCUCAAUUCUAGUUCCAUGGAUACUUCUGUACCGCCACAGACACGACGCUCGUCCGCGACUGGGGCAAUGGACGGCAUCGUGGCACUAGCCAGCAAGGCCCAAGGAGUCCUAGGAGGGGUUAUCCAGUCGCUCACCAAUGAUUCGUCACAAGAACCACCGACUUCGGAUCCUACACCCACGACUUGUCCUCCUUCAGGGCGUGGGCUACAGCAUCCAGGAGGACUCCGUGGAGAUAUUGGGACAUCUUCCUCCGGUCAUAGAGACGGUGCUGUGUCUCAUGUGCGGAGUGCAACAGACUCGAGCGAAGAGUACUCAACUCUAGACGAGUUUUCAAAUGCCACAACUCCAAUGGCUUCACGGCCACAAUCACAGAAGGAAUAUUCCCCAGGAAUGAAAGAAGUGAAACCACAUACCAUAAGCAUACAUGGUGACGCUGGAAGCUCCACCCGCUCUUUACAUAAAAUGAGAAGGAAGGCCGGGGCAGGCACAAUACCCUAUGAUGAAGCAGUAAACCGCAGCCGAGAUAGCUGGAGCAGAUCAGCAAUGCCAAUUGACUUUGCCAGCGAGGAAGACCACCACGCAACAUCAACAGGCAGCCUGCCCAUUCCUAACUCAUCCGAAAAACGCGCAGCUACUUUUACGUCAGGAAAUUCACAAGAGCCAUCAAAGGAGCACACCAACGAAUUGCAGCGCCAAUCGAGCAUCUCCCGGUCUGCUUCAACGCCGGAGCUGCAAGACCUUAGCUUCCUCCCCACUCUUAGACACCAAGCUCUCACAAAGCCUCCGGAUAAGAAAGGGAAUGGAACUGCCUUGAAGAAAGGAAAGCAACUAGCUUCCUCCGACCACCGGGAAAAUAAGCAGAUUUUCAGGCCACCACCGAUACCGCUGCCGGGGACUAAAUCAGAAGGCAAUUCCCCGAACUCGCCAACGGGCGGUCAGUACCUUCGAGACGCACGCCUCAAUAUCCCACGUCCUCUACCUAGUUCGCCCAAUCGAAAUCGUUUUCCCAGCUCACCUUCUGCACAACUGACCUCAACUCGGCCCCAACAGGCUCCUGAGCCGAUUGCCAAGAUGUUCGUGAUCUGUUGCUCAUGCAAAUAUUUUCACGAUAUGCCGAGCAAAAUCUACCAAUGCAUGGCACAACCGGAUAAUGUGGUUGAGGAUAAGGCAUUAGGCGUUAGUGGCGUCAUCAGCACAAGCGUCAAGUGUCCUUGGUGUGCGCAUGGGAUGAGUACAGCGUGCUGCGCGGGAUAUGCUGCGGUGGUUUACCUGAGCGAGAAGGUACAUUAG